AUGGAUGACCCCGAAGCGGACUCUUUCCCUCUCGGCUCGUUUUACGUCGUCGUGCGGGUCCGUCCCUUCAACAGCAAGGAACUGGCCCAGGCAGACACCCGCGACGUCGUCUCUGUCGUCGACGCCGAGCGGCUCGUCUUCGACCCAAAGCCCCGCCACACAGCGGCGCACAACCCUGGCGCCCACAGAUACCGUGACACAAUGUUUUCGUACAGUCACGUGUUCGGCACAGAGUCCACAAAUCGACAGAUAUACGAGGACACAGGCCGGCGUCUCAUUCGGCCAGCUCUCGACGGCUACAACUGCUCCAUUUUUGCUUACGGAGCCACCGGUGCAGGAAAGUCUCACACAAUGUCUGGCUCGGAUGCAUCUGGGCCAGGAGUCAUCCAAAAUACUCUUCGAGACCUUUACGAAGAAAUCGCAGUUCGCAGGGCGCAGAAUUGGCAAGUUUCGGUUUAUCUUUCAUACUUUGAGAUCUAUAAUGAGAACGUUCGCGACCUCCUGAGCACUACGCCGGCAAAAACCCUUGCGCUCCAGGACAGAGGCAGCGAGACAAUCAUUGUCGAUCUAACAGAACACCAGCCAGAUAGCUCCGAUCAUGUUCUGCAGAUCAUUCACAAGGCAUCCCAUGCACGCACGCAGGCGGCUACUGCGGAAAAUGCAACGAGCUCGCGCUCGCACGCCAUUCUACAGCUUCGCAUAGAGCAGAAAAGCAUGGACACACAGCAGGAGCUUAUCAGCAAGCUUUCUCUGAUAGAUCUGGCUGGCUCCGAGCGGGCGAAGAAGACCUCAGCGACAGGAGAGAGGCUCAUUGAAGGCAUCAAUAUCAACAAGAGCCUUCUGGUCCUGGGGAGCUGUAUCAAUGCACUCGUGCAAGCAAGCAAUAAGCGAUCUAACGCAAAUAUUGCAGCUGCACUUCAAACCACGACGUACAUUCCAUAUAGAAAUUCCAAGCUUACACGCAUUUUGAAGGACUCCUUGGGCGGUGCUAGCAAGACAAUUAUGAUUGCAAACGUAUCACCGGCCGCAUACCACUUUGAUGAUACCUAUUCCACCCUAAUGUAUGCCAGCAGAGCCAAGGCCAUAAAGGUCAACGCGACGCGGCACAUAAAGUCCGCAGUGUAUUCUAAAGCAGAGCUGGCCAAUCGGGUUUCGAUGCUAACGCUAGAGAAUGAACGGCUGAAGAAAGAGGUUGCAACACUACAGGCUAUGAUUCACCAGACCACGCUGCCAUCCAGAAGCGAUAGUAAGCAAGACCAGCUCCCCCAAGAUGAGCCUGAAAUUUUGGGGUCGACUGUCCUGGAUUCUGUGUCUCUCCACGGACUAAUUAAGGAUUUCGGCGCGGAGGUCUAUAAGCUUAUCCAGGAGGUCAACCUAAAUAAGCAACGGCUGUUCGAUGUGAAGUAUCAACUGGCUAUAGCAAAGGUGGAACGUGCCCAGUGCGAAAAGGGGGUAAUGAAGGGCCCGGGCUCUGCUGGGCGAUUACUCAAGUACAACACUAAAAUAUCAGACCUUAACGCUAAAAUACACAAGCUGCGCGACUUGCUAUCCCAUCUAGAUCUGCAAUGUAAGUCCAGAUUUCGCGAUGUUGAUGCUCUGAAGGCACAAAUUAAAGAGAUUCCUAAUACAUCGCUUCAGGAGAUGUUACUGGACAUUCUAAAGUUAUCGUCGAUGUCUCUUCGAGUCGAGAAUUUGAGAACAAACGAAAGCCUUCUCACAACGCAUAUCUCUAGAAUGAAUACAUCUAUUAACGAAUGUAGGGAAGUGAUAAAUGUGGCUGCACUGCGAUCUGUUGAAGAUCUGUACACGAUGGCAACGCUAGCAGACGAGAAAAUGGCUCAGGAGACAUGGGAGGCAUUCAACUCCAAGUUAAAUAGUAUUCUCUUCCUUACAAGCAACUACUUUGAAGACAUCAAAGGUCAGGAGACAGGCCCUUCAGCAGCAAUCCCAGAAGCAGCAAAUAAAAAGGCAGACGCCGUCAUACCAAUAAGAGCUGUAGGUGCAUCUCUGUCCACAAGGCAACCGACCGAAGAAGGUACUAUGGGCAUGUCGCUGGGAAUGAGCGCUCAUGCCUCAACCAUGGACCUGACAAGGAGGAGCAUAGUCGAUUCACAAUGGGCUAGCAGCCAGGGAACAAGCUCCUUAAAGCCGGCUUCAGAACUCAGAUCGUACAAGGAAGAGUUUGCUGACCUUUAUCGGGCGUACAGUCAAUGUCAGACCCCACAGCUAGGAAGCUCUAGGGCACGCACUCCGCUGUCUGGGCGCUCUGAACGGCCGUAUCGGCGGCAGGGCACCAGGCAAGUGUCUUUUAGAGACCCUCCGCCCCGUAGUUAG